AUGUCAGAAAAAGACACGAACAAUACCAACAAAUCGACCGACUCUUCUAUCCCACCUCCCCUCGACCCUUUCCCUACAUAUCAAACCCCGUAUCCUCGUUCCAGCAAAGACGAUUCCAACCCUUUCAUCCAGUUCCGUCGCUUCGCAGACGAACAGCUGUCGUCGUUCUUCCAGGGCAUACCUCAGCUUCUAGGCUUCUCGGCCUCGCGAAACCCUUUGAAGAGAGACUGGGAAGACUUGAUUCGCCAAAGUCAUGACUUGGAGGAGGGAUGGAGGAAGCAGGUCGAGCAAGAAAUGGAAGAGAUGAGACAGGAAGUUGAAAAGGCCAGAACCGAGGUUUGGAAGGCCAGGGGGGACGCUCUCACAGACAACAUGCCUUCGGUGACUCGAGAGGAUGCAGCAGGCCAACCCGCUCGGGGCGGGAAAGAAUCCUACGACGCAAAGACAAGGCCUGCUCUUUCUGAUGAACACGGUCUACCAAGGACCGAGCUGGACGCUUAUAACGGACUUCAGCUCCCUCGAACAGCAACGGACAUUCCGGUAUUUAAGUCAUCUUCUCGGGAAGCCCCGAAUAACCCUCUGUCUUCCUGGUUCUCAUCGUUCGGCUGGGAUGGGAAACAGAGGGAGCAAGAGAACUGGCCUGACAACAGGGGAACUAGCAAGGUUGGCUCUUCGUCGGAGGGGAGCCAGCUUGCUCGUCCUACUACUUACACAUUGUUCGGAGCACGCCGAAUGAACCCUUUCGACAACACUGACCAGACCAUUCCUUGGCUCCUACUGAGCCCGUACUCUCCAAUUUACCUCUGUAACCCUUCACAAUCCAGGCUAUUCAAAAUCCAGAUCCAAGAUUCCGAGGGUGAACCAUUCCAGAUCUCUCGUCCGCGGUUUUUCGAAAGAUGGUAUACGGACAUCGAUGAAAAGCUGGCAAGGCAGAUUCGUUGGGCGGACGCUUUCGAAGACCUGAUUAGCCUGCAACAGACCGGAAAGAUGGUGGACAGAGACUCCCCGGACAGAGACUCCCCCACCCGACAGGUACCAAGUAGUGACUGGAUCCAUGGAUUAAUCCACCGCGGGAGCCUGGGUCCAACAUGGGGUUUGAACCAAGAAGGGGUUGUGGUCAAGCGCUUCAGUGACAUGAAGCCCACGGACACACGGUCUUUUGGAAAGAGCCAGUGCAGAUGGCGUACGGGAGGAGGACGAGUACAUGAAAAGGGAGCCGACGAAGCGCCUACUUCCAAGGAGCAGUCAACUCCUGGCUUGACUGAAACCUCGAAAGACAUAUUUGACGAUUUUGUGGACAGUGCCGCAGAACGUCUCGGCCCAUUUCCUCUCUUUGGAAGCAUUCUCUCAGCCGCUGAUUCCAUCAUCUCCGCAGUCGACCAAACAGCAAAGGACCUCGAAGCAAUGUCAAAGGGAGCACAGGCCGAAUCCCAGGCCGAUCCAGAGUCCCUAGCCGAGCUACCGGCCAAUACCUCUUACUACUCAACAUCUUCGUCUUCUUCGUACUCAUACGAGAACAGCUUUACUUCAACCCGUGAGGAGCAAAUCACCCCAUCAGAGUCCCUAGUCUCAACUUUGACAACGACUGUCACGCGGACUCUCCCAGAUGGCUCCGUUGAGACGAAACGCGUCCUAAAGAGGCGUUUCGCCAAUGGGACUGAAGAGACUGAUGAAAGUGUGGAAGUCACCACUCUCCCAGGUGUUCAGGGAACAACGGAUGCAAAGACGGGCGUGAAUAAGCAGAUUCAAACGCUGCCCAUGACAGAACAUCGUGGUCCGUUGCAGGAAGAUGUUGUCAGCUCGAAUUCAUCUCAAGAUAUCCUCGUUCAGCAGCAUGUCGGGUCCAACUCGGAGCAAACUGCAAAACGGGAUGAUAAGAAUGGACGCUCGAGCAAAGGCGGAUGGUUCUGGACUUGA